AGACGUCAUCGCCUCAAGCCAACUGUCCAUCGUCAAAAUCGCGACCAAGGCCAGUCUGGCGCCACUUCUUGCAAACCUUCUCACUCUCUCUACACCAGUCAUUGACCUCUCCUAAUGCUGUGGCUCUUUUGAGAACCUUGUUCAUAAUGGUUACUACUCGACGUGCUGCGAGGGCGGCUGCUGAAGCGAACGAUACGGUUAUGGAUUCUCCCUCGAGAUCGACUUCGACGCCUCGCUCGUCUCCUUUCCUGCCGACACCUCUAGAGAGAGCUGGACUUGUGUUGUUUCCAGCUCUUUUGAUCUUCGGAACUAUCUUCUCUAUACUCUCGCCGCAGACGCGCGCAGCACCGUACGACCCUAUCGCGCAGUCGCACCUCCAAGAUCCUAGCGUUUCUCCAAGCUACUUCGCGCGCAAGUCCAAUAUUUUCAACGUUCUCUUUGUCAAGCGAGGCUGGGCAUGGAUCACUGUUGCAUUCUUUGUCUUUAUCUUCAGCCAUCCUAGCACCACCGACACAGGACGACGUGUUCGCGCGAGUCUGCGAUGGGUUGCUGUAACAACAAUGUGGUUCCUCGUUACGCAGUGGUGCUUUGGGCCUGCUCUGAUUGACCGUGGUUUCCGAUGGACAGGUGGCCGCUGCGAGCUCGCUAGAAGGGAGGUCGAAUUCGGUUCGGAUACUGUUGGUGACAAGGUCACGGCAGUGGCCUGUAAAGCUGCCGGUGGAAAAUGGAAGGGAGGUCAUGACAUAUCGGGCCACGUCUUCCUCCUGACACUAGGUACUGCGUUUCUCAUGCAAGAGGUUGGUUGGGCUGUGUUGAGAUGGUCUGGCAAGCGAAACGAGGAGCGAUGCGUUGUUAUGACCGACGGAGCUCUCAAGAGCGCUAAUGUCGAAUCUGAUACAUCUCUGGGCGAAGGUUCCGAGCGACCUGCCCUGGGACUGGGCGGCAAGUUCGCUGUAGGUGUCAUGGGACUGAGUGCUUGGAUGCUACUCAUGACGGCCAUUUACUUCCACACAUGGUUCGAGAAGUUUACUGGACUCUUGACCGCGGUGACGGCCUUUUACGUUGUGUACAUUGUGCCUCGCUUUGUACCUGCUGUAAGACAGGUCAUUGGUCUUCCUGGCAUAUAGAAAGAGGCAGGGUGUGAUGAGCUAUGAGUGAUGCAGGCGGAGUUCAUAGAUGUAAGAUAGAACGAAUUGCAUAAUCCCACUGUAGUAGCAUCAACUGGUUCUUUACAGGUUUGUUUCAUGUCAUUUCGUAUCGCUAUACUUCAUCAACGACAGAUGAACAACUCCAGGCCUGCCGACCAAUGUCCAUUGUGACGUUACACUAUAGUCUCGUCAUAUCCAGACACAUGCUCUAACUUCUUGUCCGGCUAUUUAUCUCCUUCGUCGAGCCGGUGACUUCGUCUUCUUGAACUCAUCCUUAAUGUCAUCCAACAGUCCGUCAACCGUCAAAACAUCCACAGCAACACCAGCAAGACCCUUAGCGACCAUGAGAGCCUUCUCGAAAGCAGGCUUGCUUCCCGCUGCGACUUCGAAGGGCGCAGUGUGAGGGCCACUCUUUGGAACAGUUCCAUUAGCAAAGGUGAUCUGGAACAUUGGGCUAAUAGCAGGGAAAUCCUGGCUGAUAUUGCCUUGGUCAGUUGAACCACCGGGCUCUCGCAUCUUGUCGACAUCAGCAUCGGGGAGGUCACCGCCAAGCUCUUCGAACCAGCGUGUGUAUGAUGCAGCGAGUCCGUCGUUGUUGUUCAUAUUGGCAUAGCCGUAUGGUCGUGUUGUAAAGUUCAUCUUAGCGCCUGUGCCAAGAGCUCCGGCUUUGAAGCAGUUGUACACACGGUCUGAGAGUUCCUCCAAUUGCUCCUCGUUCGCGGCGCGAAGCUGGUAGCUUCCCGAUGCAUCAGCAGGAAUGACGUUGAUACGAGUUCCCGCUGAGUGGAUGAUCCCAUGAACACGGUCAGUCGUGCGCAUUUGUUGGCGCAUGUAGGACAGAGCGCUGUUGGCAAGGAGGAGUGCGUCUUGUGCGUUGAUGCCCUCCCAAGGCCCGGCUGCAGCAUGGGCUUCACGACCUAUGUACUCGACAUCGACACGAUCUGUUGACUGAGCAAGCAUGUACGGUGUGUCGGGGCCGUUGCUGGGAUGGGAGAUCAGAGAGAUGUCAAUCUUGGCAUCCUUGAAGACACCGGCUUCGAGCAUCUUGACCUUUCCACCGAGAGAUUCCUCAGCUGGCGUGCCAAAGAGAAUGACCUUGCCCCCAAGCUUCUCCUUGCGCAUGAUCUCAGCGGUUGCAAGAGCGCCACCUAGCGAUGCUGUCGCAAUCAAGUUAUGGCCACAGGCAUGUCCCAGUCCCUCCAGCGCAUCGUACUCGGCAUUGAAGCUCACAACAGGACCAUCACCUGAGCCAUCAAACACGGCCAUGAAAGCAGUGUCAAUGCCCCCAACUGUAUCGGUCACGUUCCAUCCCUUCUGCUUCUUCAUGAACGAUGUGAGAAGCUUGUGGGCCUUGAACUCUUUGUAUCCAAGCUCAGGGUUGUCGUGGAUGUUCUUGUUGAUUGACCAGAGCUCUUUAUCGAGUGAGUCGACGUAGUCUGAGACUGCGUCUGUGUAUGGACUUGUGGCAUUCUUCUUUUGGCGUGGUUCAAGGGUGGUUUGUAGUGAUGAUGCUGGGGCUGCUAGGAGUGUGAGGCCAAACGCAAAGGCCGCGAGGCCUCUGGCAUGAUCUAGACAGACCAUUAUAAUGUCUUGCUCUUCGAUAUGUAUUGAGGUCAAUUAGAACCGCCGGUUGGAGUUUAAUUGCCGCGUUCCAAUGAUCUUGAGUAUCACCUCGAACCUGGACAAUAUGUAACAGAUUGUCCGUCGCAUCGCGUACAUGGCAAUCGCCCGAUC